UGGGCCCCUAUAUAUUAAAUAAUGCUCCAACUUCCAUAACAUUGAUCAUAUCCUCCCUUGUAUACUAAUAUAGAUGCGCCAUUUUCCAUCCUGGUCUGCAUAGUUUGGUAUUAUUUCUAAGCCCAAUCAACUGCAUUCGUUCUCUACAAUCUUCCGGUAAGCUUAUGUCGGUUUCAUUUUUCUUUUAUUGCAAGUUAUAAAGUGUUUUCUACUAAUUCUUUUAUGCUCCUAUAUCUUCGAACGUAAUUUUGUUCAACAAAAAAUGUUGUGAGAUCUGAAUAUUUUUAUUUGUGUCUGCCUAGAUUGCGAGCAGGUGAUCAGCAUGAAUUUUGUGGUGAGAUGAAAAAGUUUUAAAGUUCAAUAAAAAAUAGUUGAUGAUUAUGAGUUCACAAUUGGGUUUCCUUGAACCAACAAUCUCAUUUUCAGUACUUUUUUUUUUAUUUAAUUUUCGUCGUUAUAUACUUGAAUACUUGUCGCGAUGUGAUCGAGUUACCUAACAGUAGAAUAUUUUAUUUUGGUUUUAUCUAUAAGUUAUAUGAUUUUACGUAUAAUUUAUUUCUGACAAGAUCUGAUCCACAUUAAAAUAUGAACUUUUUGAUGUUAUUGAUGCAUGAUAUCGCUGAAAACUAUUGGCGACUCCCUGCAUUUUUUUUUUCAAAGAUGGAACAAAGAGAUUGGAACGAGUUGCCCAUUCACUGUCUCGUUGAGAUUUUUGGGAGAGUCGGAGUUGAAUCACUCGUAGACACUAUUCCUUUAGUCUGCAAGUAUUGGUAUGAUGCUACAUUCUAUCCUCAAUGUUGGGAACAACUCAUCUUUACUAAAUCCCGCUGUUUACAAAGUUCCAAACCUCCGAAGCCGAUAUUGGAAAUAGACGAGGAUUCAUGGUCAGAUUUUUGUCUGAUGAAGCCACUUGACUAUACCAAGUAUGCCGAUGAUUCAGUAGACAAGUUCCUUCAAUUUGCAAUCAAGCGUAGCCAUGGACUUGUAACCACGAUUGUGUUUCACCCUGAAUCGGUUUUGAAAGCAGGUCAAAUUGCAUGGAUAGCUCAAAGAUGUCCCUCUUUAAAGCAAUUGGUUUUACCAAGCUAUUUGAGCUAUGUGAUUAACUUUGAAGUGUCAAACUCUAUCUGCAACUGCAAAAAAUUAGAGGCUUUACAAAUUGCAUCUUUGAUCGGAUUGAAGAAAACCAUUGCCAACAUUAGUAAACACUGUCACAACUUCAAUCAUUUAAGUAUUUAUGUUCCAUGGCUCGAUGCAGAUGUGGCUUUAGCCAUAGCGUCCCAACUACCACACAUUAAGACUCUAGAUUUAAAGUAUUCGGCCAUUGAAAGGGACGAUCUAAUCGUGAUCCUAAAAGGGUGCCAGGAACUUGAGCAACUCGAUGUUAGCAAGUUUAAAGGUGUGGCUGGCGAUCACGAGAUACAGGAACUUGCAAGUCGUAUUCGUGUAUUUAAACAUGAGGGAUCUCGUGCCUUAUAUUCAUCAAUAAUACAGUUGUCGUAAUUGUAGUUUUGCUUGUAUUGUGUGCAUGGCUUCAAUACUGAAGCAUGUUGAAUAAAGAAUCAUGUAUCAUUUAGUAAUGACAAAGAAAUUUGUAAUUGGC